AUCUAAGUUGAGAUACUUGGAACACCUAGACUUGAGCAACAAUAAUUUCAGUGGUAAUCUUAUUCCACCCUCCUUUGGCUCGAUGAAGCAGCUGAGAUACCUUAAUCUCUCUUAUGCACAAUUCAGAGGGAGAAUUCUUGGUGAACUUGGAAAUCUUACCAAGCUUCAUGUUCUUGAUCUUUCUCAGAAUUAUUAUGAGAGAUUGAAGGUUGAUGAUGACAUUCAGUGGAUUUCUUGUCUCUCCUCUUUGCAACGACUUGAUCUGAGUGGAGUAAAUCUAAGCCAUGCCUCAUCAAACUUGUUCCAGCAUUUUCGCGUGUCUGCUCUGUUUUCCUUUCUCCCUACAGCCGAACAUCACCAGCCAUUUCCAGCGCCUUCAUCCGAAAAAAAAAUUGCCGCCGGAUCUGCUCUGCUUCUCCCUUCCCUGUGGCCGGCUGUUGCUGGGUAUAAGCUCCGGUUUUUCCUGUGUUUCCCGAAUCUCUCCAAUUUUCCCGCCGGCUCUUCCCCUCAAUCUGUAGCUCCAGCUUGCUAGUUGAGGAUUUUUGGCCGGUUCUCCCAAAUUCCUGUCCAUUAGUUUGAGAAAUUGUAUAUCUAUAAUUGUGUAAUUGUGUAAUUGUGUAUACAUAGAUAUUAAUUGGGAACAUUGUGAUUAGGUCCUUGAUUGUCCUGUGGCCUUAGCACUGGGAUUAGGCCUUCUGUCCUGUGUAAUUAAGGUAAGUAAAUUAUGGUAAAGCCCGUAAAUUUUUGAAGCAUAUUUUAAUUGUUUUCUGAGAUGGUGGCGAGGUUUAAAUGGAUUUAUUUGCAUUUGAGCAUGAUUAAAAAGGGAAUUUGAACUUUUAUUAUUUUCCUUCUUUUCUAGAAUUGAGCAUGCCCACAUAAGAUUCUUCG